CCUGUACUAAGUCUGUGCUAGCUAAACUGAAAAGUGAAAACACACUUCGCCGCAUAGGUAUCAAUAAAUUAAUUUAUUCUCAAAACAGUAAAGUUAGAUUUUUUUAAUUUGAAUAAAAGGCAAUAAUUAAGUUAAUUAUUGUCUUUUUAAUCUGACAGCUUAAUUAGUUGUGACCAACAAUAGUUUAUAUUUUAAACUACUUGCGUAUGGGAUUGGCAGCACUCAUUGUCAGUUUUUAAUAUUAUCUAAGUUGUAAUAUUGGCAAUUUAUAUUUUUGAAAACAAACCCAAAAAAGGAUGGCUCGAGGACAUCAGAAAAUUCAAUCUCAAGCAAAAGCAGCAGAGAAGUUGUCAAAAUUGAAAAAACAACAAGGUCACAGUGCCACUGAUCAAAAGAAAGCAGCCCAGAAAGCUUUAGUUCAUGUGUGUGUUGUAUGCAAGGCACAAAUGCCGGAUCCGAAGACUUACAAGCAACACUUUGAAAACAAGCAUCCCAAAAAUGAUUUACCAGAAGAUUUAAAGGCAAUUUGAAAGUAGAUUACAAUCUGCUUUCUUUUUGUUUUUGCAUUUAAAUGUGAACGGAAUAAACAGAGUUUUUUUACAAUAAUAAAAGUGUAUUUUAGUAUUCUGUUGCACGGCUAGUGCUAUUAGUAUAGUGAUAUAAAAUCCAUAAGAUAAGCUUUAA